GCAGCUCAGGACCACGUGGGGACAGAGUGGACCUGCUCAGUGUCUUAUUGGUCCAUGGGUGAUUAACAGGAUUGGCUGUAAGUAGCUUUAGUAGGUUUAGAUGAUGUUGAAGUCGACGAGAAGCUUCUUGGAAAUGAAAAGUGCAAAGACAGAGAGAAACAUGCGCUCAGGCUCCAGGUGAAGCUAACCUCAGGUGAGCACAAGCCCGGACAGAAAUAAACACACGUCUGCAGACAUGGUGGACGUGUUUGUGGGACGGACACUGCUGAAUAAAGACGGUGACUUUGUGGAUCCUGAGGAGGCUCUGCGGAACAAAGUGGUGGGGAUUUAUUUCUCUGCAGGAUGGUGUCCGCCCUGCAGAGACUUCACUCCUAUUCUGUGUGACUUUUACACGGAGCUCACUGAAGAACAGGACCCUCCAGCUCAGUUUGAAAUAGUUUUUAUCUCGUCUGACAAGUCCACGGAGGACAUGGUGGAGUAUUACCAUGACAUGCACGGGGACUGGCUGGCUCUGCCCUGGACAGAUGAAUACAGACAUGAAUUAAAGGAGCGUUACAAGAUAACUGCAGUGCCCAAACUUGUGAUUGUGAAGGAGAAUGGCGAUGUGAUCACGGACAAGGGCAGAAAGCAGAUCAGAGACAGGGGCCUGGCCUGUUUCAGGUCCUGGUUGGAAGCUGCAGAAAUUUUUGAAAACUUUAAGGGCUAAGAACAUAUGUGGCUGUGCAACAUGUGGAGC